GAAGUUUCCAAAUUCAGAUACUUUUUUGUUUUAUUGGUGACAACAUGUAGAGAACUGCAGACACUGUGCUGACUUGAACACAAGGACCGGACUUGUUUUACAAACCGGAGAAAAGAAGCUCCGCACCGAAACGCCUGAGCUAGCAUCGAAGCUAAUUAUUAACUCUGUGGAACAACCUGGUCUGACUCGGUGCAAUAGUCAUGGACGCCGUGGUGAAAUUCACCAACCAAAGUCAAGGAAGAGACCGUAUAUUCAGAGCGACCCAGUAUGCCUGUGCUCUUUCCAUUUAUUUACUGCGGAACAACUCGGAAAGAAAAGAGCUUGUGGCCAAACUCAAACAGCUGGAAACAAACAUGAGUUCUGGACGAAAACUGCUCAGGCUGGGAAACGCAGCACACUCCAUCAUGGCUGCCAAACAAACCAUGCAGUUCUCUGACCGAGUGCUCUGCCUCUGCCUCACCGUGGCCAACUUCAACCGGGCCCUCUACUUCGUCUGCGACAACUUGCUUUGGGCCAGAAGCGUCGGGCUCCUCCGCGCCAUCGACAAGGAGCGCUGGAGCCUGAACGCCUCGCGCUGCUACUUCUACUCGCUGGCCAUGAACUUGGUCCGAGACGCUUACGUCGUCCUCCAGCUGAUGGUGAAGAAGCGGAAGGACGAGGAGUUCAAGCAGAAAAUGAGGCGGCACGUCGGCGAGAGUCCCGACGUGGCCGAGGCCGUCAUUCCUGAGCUGGAUGCUUUCGUCUUCCUGCUUUUAGAAACCCUGAGGUCCAAUCCGGCCGUGGCUUUGGACACGCUGAAAAACAUCUGCGAUCUGUUCAUUCCCUUAGACAGGCUGGGGAUUUACAGGACCAACGCAGGAGUGGUUGGGUUCUGUGGGCUGAUAUCCUCGCUGCUCGGCAUAGUAACGCUCGCCUGUCCUGCUUUAAAGCUCAAACCGUGAAAACGAGUGGAGUUCAACUAAUUCUCGAUUUAAUCACGGGAACGUUGAAUUAACCUUCAAUCUUCACAUUUUACACUGAACCAAAUCCAGGAAUCACCAGCUGACUUAGAAGUCUUUAGAAAAUAAGAUUCAAGACUAAACCUUCGUACAUUCCUGUCUUCUGAACCACCAGCACUUUCACAACAAACACUUUGCUACUGAUAUCAAAAAUAUGUAUAUUUUUUAUUUGAAAACAUCAAGAGUUUGUCAGGGUCAGUUUUGAAAUCUGCUGCCUGUUCUGCGAUAAAAUGCUGCUAAAAGUUUAGUUGAUGAGAACUGAAUCGAUUCUCAGCCAAAACGAGAUGUCAGGAAAGUGAAUUAAUGGUAAAAGUAUUUUUUUUCUGGCAUGAAAAGCAUGAGCCGGACUUCCACUGUGAUUAAUGUGCUUUAACUUAGAAGAAAGAGAACACGAAUCUAUGCACAUCUGAAGACACCGUUUUUUUGUGUAUUGUUUACAAAUUCAAUUCUUUGGUGUGGAUGAAUUUAAAAACCUCCAUUUUUGAUUCAAACACAUUAAAUGUUCAGCAUCAUCUCUUGGUGUAAUCCAGUUCAAAAGACUUGGUUUUUCUUUGUGAUUUGAUUUACUCACGGAUGUCUUUGCACCCCGACAAGCCUGAUCAUUUCAGAAACAGCAGCUCUGCCCUCURCUGGACACAACACCGUCAUCAGUUCAUCAAGAGCUUUAUUUUYGAUUUCAGAGACAAUAAUACACUUUGUUUUUGAAAGCGUUUCCUGGAGGACGGCGCAGUGAAUCAUCAUCCAUCGUYGGAAAUAUGCAAAAAUACAAUAUGUUAUGGUUCCCUUUCACAAUACUUGAGUUUUCACUGCGAAGAGAAGGAAACGCUAUGCAGAAAAGCACAAACAUACAAAAUCAAUAAAUACGUAAAGAAAAGGCAGAAAUAAGUUGGAGGCAAAGGGCUUGAUUUCACAUUUCCUCUGGUGGUUUCUUUCAGAACCAACAAAGCGUUUCAAGCAGUUUUACUUGGAGUUUGAAAUUAAAUUCAGACUAUUGCUAAAAAAACAUUUAACAWGUGUCUUAGAAAACUCUUAAUUCUACAUGUUAAAUUAUCAGAGUUCUGAUCUAAUUAAAUGUUUUUAGAUUUUAUUCAGACAAAAGUAGUUUCAGGAAGUGGCGACAGUGUUAAACUAUAGAUKUGUAAAUGCUGCUGGUAUGUUUUUAUUUAUCUUUAUUCUCAGUAAGCUAAUGGUUGUGAUGAAUCACUGCUUUCUGAAUGAAAAAGGCACCGUCAGUAGUUUGCUCCUGCAACAAUUAAAAGAAAAAAAUCUUAAAUGCAGUUUGCUUAAAAGGUGUAGUUUCUCAAGAAGCACAUUUUACACAAACGAUACGUUUCUCUCUCACACUGUGAUAAUUUUAACUUUUUUCCCCCUCAGGAAGUGUCACCAAUGAUAUUAGUUUCAAAAUAAAUGCAAAGUUAAAUUAAUUACUUUUAUCUUCAGUGUUUUGUGGUGGAAAUGUUUUGUCAUAUUUAUGUUGAUUAGUAUAUAUUUCAGGACUUUCUUGUUUUAUAUGAUAAACUAUGCAAAAUGCUAAUAAAUAAGAGUAUUUAAGUGAA